UUCAUCUCUCAGUAGGUUUUUCCCCAUACUCUCUCUACUUUUUUCACAUACUCCAUAAGAGAGAGAGAGAGAGAGAGAGAGCGCAUAUGUAAAACCCUCGACAGAUUGAAUAUCUGUCCGUGUAUGUGUAUAUGUUUGUAUAGGGUUUUCUGAAAUCUUCUGUGAAAUUCAAUGGCUGAUACGCGGUACUUUGACCUCACUACUUCUCUAAAGCAGGCUCUGGAUCUCCAUAUGGAUAUGGAAGAGGACAGUGAGGAAGAAAACGAUGAUUUGAAGCCGGAAUACGUGUGCCCAUUUUGUUUGGACGACUUUGACCUUGUCGGAUUCUGCUGCCACGUGGACAACGGCCAUCCCAUUGAGGCCAAGUCUGGGAUAUGUCCUGUUUGUGCAAAAAAGGUGGGGAUCAAUAUGGCUGUGCACAUAAUCACGCAACAUGGAAGCAUCUUAAAUGCUUUGUACAAGAAGAGACUGCGCCACGGUGGAUCUCAUCCAACACUAUCUCUGUUAAGGAAACGUUCGCAGGAAGAAUAUGAUGACCCUCUUGUUGAGGAAUCUUCUCGUGUGGUUUCUUCCUCUGAUAUAGCUGCCGAUCCGAUGCUGUCAUCACUCAUUUACAACCCACCACCAGCUGAUGUGCCUGAAAUUCGGCUGUCUAGUUCUACAGCUGAAGCAAACAUAGCAGAGGAAAGCUCAGACAAGUUUAGUUUAGGAAGAAUCAUCGAUCCCUCUCCUUUCUCUAACAAGGACCAGGAGGAGAAAGCCCGGAGAUGCAAGUUUGUGCAAGGGCUACUGUUCUCCACCUUCCUUGAUGAUGGCUUAUGAGCAGGAUAUUAUUGCAGACAGUUGUCGGCUUUAGCUUUUAACAGGGAAGUCAUAGAAGCCUGCUCCAAAUGCUGAUAAACUGAGCAGAGAGAAUGAGGCUAGAUGUAGGACUGAAUGAAAAUGCAGUUUAUAAGCCAGUGUAAAUAGUUAGGGCAUAAAGGAAAUUGGUCUUGUGUGGCUCUUUAGCUGCCAGUGCUGUUGUGUAUGAUGGAAAGAUUAAUCUCCUGGUUCAGAGAUUUAAUUUCAUCUCAUUAAGAAUUUCGCACCA